GUCUUCGUGUUGGAAAGUUUGGAAGUCUGGAUCAUAAAAUCUCCGCAUUUCAGAAAAAGAUGUGCCUUUUACUCCCAAGAAAUUAAUUCAUCUUUAAAUCUGAAUUUUAGAUAGUAUAGUGGAGUAUUCAGCAGGCCACUGCAUCGAUGAAAAUGCAUUCCAUCGCCGUAGACGCCAACUAUCCUGCCCCGUUGAUGGCGUCUAAACAUUGAGGAUCCGGAGACCGGACAGCAUCCAAACCAAGUGGGUGAUGUGAAAUAGCUGCCAAGAAGAAGGGCAUCUGAGAGCUGCACAGCAGAUCAACGCACGAGGGUGACAGCCAGUUGUCACUGAAUUGUCUAGAACAAUGAGUGUUAUCAUACGGCUCCAGAACCUGCCAUGGUCGGCAAACUCUGCAGACAUUCGGCAGUUCUUCCGUGGGCUGUCUAUUCCGGACGGAGGGGUCCACAUUGUGGGCGGCGAGCAAGGAGAUGCUUUCAUAGCAUUUAGCUCCGACGAGGACGCCCGCCAGGCCAUGAUGAAGACCGGCGGCCGGCUGCAGAACGCCCAGGUGACGCUGCUGCUCAGCUCGCGCUCAGAGAUGCAGCGCGUGAUCGAGGUGGCCCGGCAGCGCUCGAUGGCCGCCCAGGGCCUGGCGCCGAUGCCGACCACGGCCAUCGCGCCGCUGCCGCAGCCGGCGGCUGUGCCCGUGCAGCAGACGCAGCAGCACGUGCAGCAGCCGGUGGCCGUGCCGCAGCAGGCCGCGCCCGCACCGGCUCCGGCACCGGCAGCUGCUGCAGAGCCAGAGGUCAUCGAGAUCAAAUCGGACCGCGGUGGCAGCGCCGGCCGCUCCACGCGCCGACGGUCCCGCUCCCGCUCUCGGGACCGCGACCGGAGCCGCCGCGACCGCGACAAGGGCAGUCGGCGCUCGCACCGGUCCCGCUCGCGGUCCCGGUCCCGAGACCGGCGGGACCGCAGCCGCCGGGACCGCAGUAGGUCCAGAGACCGCUCGUCGCGACGAGACCGAGACCGGAGCGACCGCGGCGGGCGCAGCGACCGCGGCGGCAGGGAGAGCCGCGACAGCAGGGACAGCCGCUCUCAGGAGCGGAGCGAGCCGCCCGGGCGCCUACUGCCGACACCGGCGGCGCGUAGCAGUCUGCUCGGCGAGCGGCCUAACGAGCGGGAUAAGCAGCUGGCGGCCUCCUCGUCUGGCGCCUCCACGCCGACGCCGUCCGGGACGUCUCAGGCCGGUCCGACGCCGUCCGGGAUAUCUCAGGCCGGCCCGACGCCGGUAUCGGGGAUGAUCACCACGCCGGCCAGCCAGCCGAACCGCUGGGACGCGGCGCCGGCACAGCCGCAGCAGCCGCUCAUGACUCCGACGCAGCUGCAGCAGAGACUGCUGCGCUUCCAGAAGGGUCUGCCCAUGGACCCGCCGCCCAACCAGCCGCAGAUUCCGCCGCAGCCGCAGCCGCAGCAGCUGCUGCUGCAGCAUCACCUGCAGCAGCAGCAGCAACAGCAACAGCUCCAACAACAGCAGCUACAACAGCAGCAGCUCCAGCAGCAACAGCUCCCGCCACCGGCAGCGGCCGCCCCGCCGGCACCGUCCCCACCAGAGGGCGUGCGUGCCAUGCCGCCGUCCGAGGAUCAGAACGACGGCGGCGCGGUCGCCGUGCGGAACAUGCCCAUGCACGCGUCCUACCGGGACGUGCGCGACCUGUUCCGAGGAAUCUACGUCGGCCAGAGCGGCAUCAAGAUGAUCCACGACGAGCGCGGCCGGCGCACCGGCACUGCCUACGUCAACUUCCGCUCCAUGUACGAUCGACUCAAGGGCCUGGAGCGGUCCGGCAGCUUCAUCCGCGCCGCUAGGGUGGUGGUGACUCCUCUGGACGGCGCCGAGUUCGCCAAGGCCAUCGACGCGUACCGUCCCGAGAUGGGGCCACGUCGGAACUCUUCUGAUAACGGCCCGCCGCGCGCUCGCUCGCCCGGCCGAGACGACAAGCCGGGCGUGCCGGAGCCGCGCAAGGGUCUGCUGGAGCACCCUACCGGCGGACCGCCGUCGGCCGGGCCGGAUCAGGCGGUGCGCGGGGGCGACGACGUGCCGCCGGAGCUGGCCAUGGCCCGCCGCAGCCUGGCAAUGCGCGCCACCGGGCUGCUGGAGCGGCCGCAGACGGGACGGCCAGAGCUGGACGCCGGCCGCGACCAGCCGGCGCCGUUCGGUGACCGCCGCCCGGCAGAGUUCAGCCGGCCGCCGCCGGGCGCGCACGACCAGCCCUUCCCUCCGUUCAGCGGCGGCCCCGGCCCCGUGUCCGAUCAGCACGCGCGCGGCUUCCCGCCGCCCACUGGACACGACAGCCCGAUGGAGGGCGAGUUCGCCAUGGGCCGCGGCGCCGGCCGUGACUCGGCCGCCGGUGACAAGGGCAUGUUCGGAGCCGGCGCGCGCGGCCCCAUGCGCGGCCUGCUGGACCGAGCCGAGUCGCUGGGACGCGGCGGAGCGUUCGGUGGCCCGCCGUCUCUGAUGGGCGACGUGGGACGGCCCGACAUGAUGCAGGGCCCCGGCGACGCGAUGGGCCGACCCAAGGGCAUGGAGCAGCAGGACCAGUCUGGUCCGAGAGAUAUGAUGGGCAGGCCGGGCCUGAUGGACAGAAUGGACCGCGGCGGAGGCAUGAUGGGCCGCGAUGGACCAAUGGGCCGCGAUGGUCCGAUGGGUCGCGAUGGUCCGAUGGGCCGCGAUGGACCGAUGGGCCGCGAUGGUCCAAUGGGUCGUGAUGGUCCGAUGGGUCGUGAUGGUCCGAUGGGUCGCGAUGGACCGAUGGGCCGCGAUGGUCCGAUGGGUCGUGAUGGUCCUAUGGGCCGCGAUGGUCCAAUGGGCCGUGAUGGUCCGAUGGGUCGUGAUGGUCCGAUGGCCCGCGAUGGUCCUAUGGGCCGUGAUGGUCCCAUGGGUCGCGAUGGUCCGAUGGGUCGCGAUGGACCAAUGGGCCGCGACGGAGGGUUUAUGGGUCGCGGAGGAGGCAUGAUGGGCCGCGGCGGAGGCCCCAUGGGUCUCGGCGGCGGCUUCCCGGGCCGUGAUGGUCCGAUGGGCCGUGGUGCAGGUCCCAUGGGCCGCGAUGGAGGUUUCAUGGGUCACGGAAUGAGCCCGAUGGGCCGCGAGAGUCCGAUGGGCCGCGGCGGAGGGCCCAUGGGCCGUGACAGCCCCAUGUCCCGGCUCGAUUCGGGCAUGAACCACCCAGAAGACCCGGAGGAUGAGAUCCCCGAACACGAAAUGGAGGACGCCGAGCUGCCAGAGCACGAGAUGGAGGACGUGAAAAUGUCUGAGGACGGCUACAACGAUCCCUACGAGGGCGAUGAGUUCGACGACAGCUACGAGGGCUACGAGGAUCCGCGCGGGCCGCCCAUGGAGCCGUUCGGUCCGCCCGGCCGCAGACCGCCCGGUGGUCCGCGAGGCCCUCCUGGAGGUCCUCCGGGUCCGCCCGGCCUGCUGGGACCUCCUGGUCCUCACGGAGGUCCCCCUGGUCCUCGUGGAGGCCCGCCCGGUCCCCACGGCGGUCCGCCCGGCCGGCCGUUCGGGCCCGGGUUCCGCGGCGGUCCGCCGGACGCCGAGGGCGGAGAGAAGGGCGGCAGGCGUAACGAACCGUCUCCGUUCGUGCGCAUGGAGAACGUCUCCUACUUCGCCACGCCGGAGGACAUGAUUCACCUGAUGCGCGACUUCCCGUUCGUCGAGAUGUUCUUCGAGCUGCAGCGCAACAGCACCGGCAAGCGGACGGGUGUGGGGUAUGUGUUAUACGACUCUGUUGAGACGGCCGGGGCGGCCAUCGAGCAGCUGACUGGCUCCAUGGUCAGCGCGCGCAACUUACGCUUCAUGUUCAGCUCCAAGUCGCAGUACGACUGGUCGCGCCAGACGCUGCACGAGCCGCCCAUCAUCGGGCCGGCUGCGGACAGCGGCCAGCACGGCAUGCCGGGACAGCCGCCGCUGGCGGGCGGUCCCCGGCCCGGCCCACCCGGCGGGCCGCCGCCCGACCGCCGACCCAACCGUGAGCACUCCGGCGGCCGGGACAGACACCGACGACACUCUGCACAGGACGGCGGCGAGCAGGAAAAUGAACAAAACUCCGGCCAGGACGACAACAACGGCACGGAGGACGACUCGAAACCGGCCGAGACAGCCGAGAACAAGUCCAAACAGGAUGACACACCUUCGAAAAACGCUCCGACGGAGGCUUUCAAGAGGCAGGACUCGACGCCAAAGAAACCAGAGCCGGUGAAAGACAAGCCAGAACCAUCACCCUCUCCAGCUGACAAGAAGCCGCCGGGACGUUCUGCAAACGGCCAGGUGUGCGUGCACAUCAAGGGCCUGCCGCCGGCCGUGACGGAGUCGAUGGUGGUGGACUUCUUCUCGGACGUGGGCCUGCUGCCGCAGCAGUUACACCUGCUGCUGGACGAGUUCCAGAACCCCAGCGGCGAGGCGUACUGCGAGUUCGCCGACCCGGCCGAGACGGAGCGGGCGCUAACCAAGGACCAGCAGUACAUGGGCACGGCCGAGCUGUCGGUGCGCCCCGUCUCUCGUGACGAGGUCCGCGCCGCCAUUGGGGACGACGCCGGCGGCGGCGGCGGCGGCGGCGGCGGCGACUUCAACGGCGACGACGGAUACGGCUACGACGAGGAGUCGGGCGACUACCCCCGAGAGGAGGGGAGCUACCCACCGCGCGGCCGGGGCUCGCGGUUCGGCGGCGGCCGCGGCGGCGGGGGCUUCCCCGGGCCCGGGCGGCCGCCCAUGACCCGUGGACGUGGUCGCGGGCGCGGCGGCCGGGGCGGUGGCGGCGGCGGCGGCGGACCGGUGGACGGCUUCGGCCGGCCCGGCUGCGUUCUCAGUGUUACCAACAUCCCUUUCCGCGCCAGUGCCGACGACAUCCUGUACUUUUUCGGCGACUUCGGCGUGCGGCCCGAACAGGUGAUCCGCAGGUACAACGAGCACGGCUUGCCGUCAAGCGAGGCGCGCGUGGCCUUCAACAGCGGGGCGGAGGCGAUGGCGGCCAUGAAACGACUCCACCGGCGCCAGAUGCUGAACCGACCCAUCUAUCUGGAGCUGCUGUGAGUGAGCGCAGCAGCCAGGUCAGAGUGAGAACUGUAAAAAUCUACUGGUGCCGCAUGUGAUUGAGAGUUCUGGGCAUCAUUGGAGGUUUUUAAGUGAGCUUCGCACAUGCCAGCGAGAUGCCUGUUACUUUGUGCUAGCGAAUGAAUGUGUUCAUACUUUCGCCGAGUUUGAUGCGAAGCUGGCAUCGUUUGCGUUGUACAUAAAGACUAUGGUAGGUAGGUGAAGACGAGGACAGUAUGUCAUUUUGUGCGUUGUGGUUUAACAGGCAUCCUGUGUAUCAUCUGAAUGACUGUGUUUGAGGAGAGCGAUUGGUCAUCAUAGUGUGGAAAGUUGUGGCUCUCGUCUCCACCAGCAUCUAUCUAGGUCGAGCAUUGUGGUAUGACUUGUGUACAAAUCGUAUUCAGAUGUGUACCUUUCUAGUGUCCACGUAUCUAGGGUCUAGGUACGUGUGUUGAAAAGCACUGUUUCUUAAUACACCUGAUGUGA